AUGAUAUCGCGACAGCCGUACGCGCCGACGCCACACAGCUAUGUUCCAAAUUCCAUGCUGUCGGCAACCAUCAACCUCGACGAGGAAGUCAAGCUUGCCGAAACACGAGCCGAACGCGAUCUACAGGAUUCACUCGCCGAGAUCUUCAGCAUCAUAGUAUCUAUUGACGAACUCGAAAAGGCGUUUCUCAAGGAUGCCAUCCCCGAGGCGGAUUAUAGCGAAAUAUGCGAGCGGUCUCUGAAGCAGUAUAAGUCACUCCUUGCCGAUGAAACGGUAGCCAAGGCAUUUGUCGGGCUAGAGGAGUUCAAGUCCGAGUGGGGUCUUGAGGUCCCUCGUGCAACGGAAAGGAUACGGGUGGGCAUGCCCUCGACUGCAGUGACCGCAAGCUCUGGCUCAGCUGCUGCGUCAGCCCCGACGGGCAACACCAGCGGCGCUCUGAUUCUUGAAGCGACGCAGGAUUUCAUUACAUUCCUGGAUGCGCUGCGGCUAGGGUUGCUAGCCAAAGACCAGCUACAUCCCCUCCUGACAGACGUGAUUCAAUCGGUGAACAAGGUGACAGACCGGGACUUCGAGAACAGGGGCAAGAUCGUACAGUGGCUUAUCACACUCAACCAAAUGAGGGCCACAGAGGAGUUGAGUGAAGAACAGGCCCGAGAACUAGAGCUAGACAUCAACUCGGCUUACCAGGGAUUCAAGAGCACCCUUUCCUAG